AUGGCGCCCUUACCGCCCCUCUCGCAGCACCAGUCGGGUCGCUCUAUACCUCGCAGUAUAAACAUCAGUCGAGAUACCAACUCUCAAAGAUCCACCGCCUCGGACCUCAAUCGCCCUUUACCCGCCCCUCCCUCUUCUGCGUCUGCCGAAAGUUAUGAGAUUCCUUCACUACGUCGAAAGGCCCUCCCGAAUGUGACCGAAUCUGAUGGUGCAAAGCAUAACCACACCCGAUCCUUCAGCCACCCCUUUCCUUCGAUAUUCGGUUCUAAGAGAUCUGACAAGAAACAUAAUGUUCGGAGCGAUAUGGAUACGACGUCUGGUGGUAGUCGUGAUGUCCACCCGGAUGUCAGCAACGCGAAGGCCCCGGCUACCGAGAACAUCCCUCAACGAGGCGAUCGUCAGCCCGUCACGGGGAAAUGCAUGACUUGUGACUCUACUGUACGAUGGCCUCAAGGAUUGAAGGUCUUCCGCUGUACUACCUGCUUAACUAUCAAUGACCUCGAGGUAAAUCCAGAGAGGGGCGGAGACGCCGCCAAUCCGUCCUCGCCACCACGCAAAGUUGUGCCACUGUCGGCGGACAGGACUAAAGCGCUUCUCGACCGUUGCCUCAGACAAUAUCUCGAGUCGUACCUAGAGCAAAGCACCAUUUCAGUUCACAUUGGCGGUACUGACACACAAUCACCUCCCCAGGAAUCGUUCCUGUCCGGGGGUACUCCGCCUGAAGGUCUUCUUUAUGGACAGUUUCAUAGGGAUCAAGACUCGCCACCGCCCAUGUUGCGACCAGGCUUGAAUGCACGAAGCCCCUCUGAGUCAACUUUGACACCGCUUAGAAGGGGCAGUAAUGGGGAAAUUCCUUUCGUCCAAGGCUCCUCUGCCGAUCCCUUCUCCGCCUCCAUUCCCAUGCCGAGCAGACCCAAAACCGCUGAUGUACGUGCAUCCGAGGAAGCACCACCUGGCCCGUCUGGGCCACGCACUGACAUAUUCCGCAUGGUUGAGAACUAUAUUGCAGGAUGUUUCGUUGGCUGCGCUACAUUGAAUGAAUCCUUUCUAACACCACGUCCUCCGCAAGACGUUAAGCCCAGGACAGGCUCAGGCACACAUCAAAGGCGUCAAAAGUCCGAGUCCGUGUCAACACCACUCGUCGAACCCGACGUCUUCUUGUCAGACCUUGAUGCGAAGACGCUUCUACUGGGCGACGUAGCUGAAAACGGUUCGUGGUGGCUAGGAGCAUCCAAUGGACGGGUACCUGUGCCAGGAAAGGAAGGACAUCAACAACGCGACCGAUCUCCCGACAAGAUGCGCAGCACUACAAGCUCAAGGAAUUCUAGAAUCAAUUGGCCAGAGGUCACUGAGUGGUACCGAUCAGUCAUCUACGCUGGUGACCUUUGGGAGGAGAGAUGGCAGGAAAUACAAUCCCAGGUCGCUGAUCCCCCACAGCAAAAACGUGGUCAAUCUGCUUCUCUGGACAAAAUCCAGAAAGACAUCAUUGAAUCACGCAGUCACCUCCAACGCAGCCUGUUAAAGGUCACAGAAAAUCUAUUGAAACGACCACGGCAGCCUCUGAAGCACGCCGAGGAUUGCCGCUUCCUCCUCAUACUGUUGUCAAAUCCUCUCCUGACCCCACAAAGGCUCGAUGCUGGCAAGAUAUCUGGAAGCAACAUGUCGCAUCCUCCAACGACAUUGGGUAAUCCAACCGAAGUUGGUCCACGUGGCUCACCUGCCAAACGAGUGCCAAGCUCUGCAAGACGACCUGGAAGCCUGGGCCAUCAUUCAGGCAUCAUCAAACGGAUCCUAGGUCUUUUAGCAAACUUGUCCAACGAGAAUCACCAGUAUCUCGUCUCAUGGUUCUCAAAAUAUUCCGAUGGGCACUUCCAGCGCACUGUAGAAUUGGUGGGAACCUUUGUGACCUACCGUCUAUCAAGGCAGCAGAAACGUCCUGUGCACGAACCGAUAAACCCUGUCGAAGGUCUUGUACCCAGCUUCUCAGUAGGUGGGAUGCAUCAUGCCUCUCAGUUUCAUGCAGCGCUCGAUCGAAGGCAAUCCUCAACCUCGGCCGGAAAUGCGGAUGGAAAACCGAAAUUGUCCUCCUACAGCGAAGAUUGGCAGGUCCGUGUUGCUGCCAGGGUCAUGGCAUUGCUCUUCCAGGCAAAUAUAGGACAUGCAGCACGGAAGAGAGACGCUUCCAAUAGUUUUGAACAACGGCAACAGAGCCCAGGACUGAACGCCAAACACCAGGCGAACGCUCAUGGGCAAAUUGUACCGAUCAACAGUUUCUACAAUACCAUGUUGGACUAUGCUGAUCUGAUAGCUGACUUUGACACUUGGGAAAGCACCAAGAGCAAGUUCACCUUUUGUCAAUACCCUUUCUUCCUCAGUAUCUACGCCAAAAUCCACAUCCUGGAAUACGAUGCUCGACGGCAAAUGGAAGUCAAGGCUAGAGAGGCUUUCUUCGACAGUAUCCUUAGCCGCAAAGCAAUCAGUCAGUAUUUGGUGCUCAAGGUUCGACGUGAAUGCCUAGUUGAAGACAGUCUCCGUGGCGUUUCCGAAGUCGUGGGAUCCGGCGGGAGUGAGAUAAAGAAAGGACUACGUAUCGACUUCCAAGGAGAAGAGGGAGUCGAUGCUGGUGGGCUCCGCAAGGAAUGGUUCCUUCUACUCGUCAGGGAAAUUUUCGAUCCCAAUCACGGAUUAUUCGUUUACGACGAUGACUCUCAGUAUUGCUAUUUCAACCCAUUCUGCUUUGAGUCCUCCGAGCAGUUUUUCUUGGUUGGUGUAUUACUAGGACUGGCCAUCUAUAACUCGACGAUUCUGGAUGUUGCAUUUCCACCGUUCGUCUUCAGGAAAAUGCUUGCAUCUGCUCCCUCGACGGGCGACAAGCUUACCUCAACGCCGAAAGUUGGCCACGGCUUCACGCUAGAAGACCUUGCUGAGUUCCGUCCAGCGCUUGCGCGGGGAUUCAGGCAACUUCUUGAAUUCGAGGGCGAUGUACAAGAGACGUUUUGUCGGGAUUUUGUUGCGGAGAUGGAUCGCUACGGCGAAAUUAUCCACGUGCCCUUGUGUCCCGGUGGUGAGAAACGCCCAGUGACAAUUUCGAAUCGAAGAGAAUUCGUCGAUCUCUAUACCCACUAUCUUCUCGACACCGCAAUUGUUCGACAGUACGAACCAUUCAAACGUGGAUUUUUCACUGUUUGUGGAGGCAAUGCAUUGUCACUAUUCCGGCCUGAGGAGAUUGAGCUGCUGGUGCGUGGGUCUGAUGAGCCACUCGACAUCGCCAGCCUUCGGGCGGUCGCGAAUUAUGAUGGAUGGCCAAAAAGCGAAGGGCCUCCAGAACAACAACCACAGGUGGUCUGGUUUUGGGACUUUUUCGCCAAGGCUUCACCAACAAACCAGCGGAAGAUUCUCAGCUUCAUCACAGGAAGUGACCGAAUACCUGCCAUGGGAGCCACGAAUCUUGUCAUUCGUCUACAAUUGCUCCGAAUUAAAGAGGAAACGGAUGGGCUUGGUCGCGCACCCAAGAAGCCGGUUGAGCGCUUCCCCAUUGCGCGAACAUGUUUCAACACGCUCAGCAUAUACAAAUAUAACAGUCGGGAGAAGUUGGAGCAUAAACUUUGGAUGGCCGUCACCGGCAGUGAAGGAUUUGGGCUGAAGUAA